UAAUUCAGUGUAUCAGAAAUCUUCUAUCUUUCAAGAAGCUAAUUUCAUUACAUCCGUUACAUUUAUUUUUUUCUUCAUGUGAGAAUUGACAAAAGAAAAGUGUGAAAUUAAAAUAGUUUUAACAAACAUCAAAAAAGUAAAUUAAUAUUAAAAGUGAGACCUGAGUACGAAAAAGUUAUAUACUGAAUUUAAGCAAAGUUAUAUGAAAGACUACAUCAAGAAUUAAGUUGCAAAGAAGAAGACAUAAAUUUUACAAAUAAAAUCUAAAGGAAAAUCAAAUUUCACAUCAUCAACAAAAUUUUUCCUUUAAAGUUCAAUGCAUAGUGCAAAUAAACUAAAGCCUUAAAUCAAAUUAAGCUAAAAUAUCAAGUGGAUCAGGAAACGUAGAGAAAAAACAAGAAUACAAUUAGGGUUUCAAAAUUCUUAAAAAAAAUUAAAGUGGCUUGUGUGGUGUUUUCUAUUUAAUGAAUGAUUGAUAAAUAAAAUAACAAAACAAAAGAAGGAAUUUUUAAAUAGAACGAAUAAAUUGUGCCAGUGUAUUAAACUAGAGAGAGAAAAAUAAAAAAAAAAGUAAUAAUUCGAUUUCAGUCACACAUGCAUGACUGUUUGGUUUAAUUGAAUAAAAUUAAUCAAAGUGGCGCUUACUAAUUUAACAUCAAUUGAUGCUGAUGAGCAUCUCCUGAAAAUAAACAAUAGUAUAGAAUUAAAAUGUUUAGCAGAAAUCGAAGCUGACAAAGUCAUUCAUCGGGUGGAUGAUGGCUCAUUCUGUCCCGUCUCAUUUGAUCAGAUUCUAUGCUGGCCACGGACUAAAAUUGAUACGACAGCAUCACAACCAUGCAUGUCGGACUUUCACGGUGUUAAAUAUGAUGCCACAUCUAAUGCAACACGAUAUUGCAGCGUGACGGGUCUUUGGGAUCUAUCGAAUUAUCAAAACUGCACCCACAUCACUACAGUCAAUAAAACUUGCAAUGAAUUUGAUCCAUUUUCAUGGGAUAUUAAAUGUUCAGCUUAUGCUACUAGCAUAAUUUACUACAUCGGCUACACAAUAAGCCUCAUUACACUCAUUUUGGCCGUAAUUGUUUUCCUGAAUUUCAAAGAGCUUCGGUGUUUGAGAAAUACCAUCCACAUAAAUUUAUUUUUAACUUACAUUUUAUGGAUAUUUUUAUGGAUUCUUACACUCACUUUACAGAUGUUUACCGGCAGUUCCACCGUAGGAUGUGUACUUUCAGCAAUAUUUCUUCAUUAUUUCAUGCUUACAAACUUUUUUUGGAUGAUGGUUGAAGGUCUUUAUCUCUACAUGCUUGUUGUACAAACAUUCUCUGGCGAUAACAUCCGAUUUAAUCUAUAUUUUAUUAUUGGAUGGUGCUUUCCGAGCGUUUUUGUGGGGUUUUGGACUAUAUUUAAAGCAUUCGCGACAGAUUUUGAUAGUGAAAAUGUGAGGCAAAUGGAGGAUAUAACCACAACCUUAAGCACAACAGAAACAGAAUCGAGACUUGUUUGUUCAUGGAUGAGAGAAUCUAAUAUUGAUUGGAUUAUACAAGGACCCGCAUGUGCCGUACUCAUUAUUAAUCUAAUUUUUCUGGUUCGAAUAAUGUGGGUGCUUAUUACAAAAUUGCGUUCAGCCAAUACAGUGGAAACACGACAGUAUCGCAAAGCGUCAAAGGCUCUUCUCGUACUUAUCCCUCUUUUAGGAAUAACAUAUUUAGUUGUUAUCGCCGGACCAAAUGAGGGUUUUGAAAGUCACAUUUUUGCAAUUUUAAGAGCAGUUCUUCUCAGUAUUCAAGGCUUAUCAGUUUCAAUGUUUUAUUGUUUUUUAAACUCUGAAGUACGGCAAGCACUCAAGCAUCGUUUUCAUCGCUUAAGGGAUUCUCGUAAUUUAAGUGCAUCGAAUUCUAUUCGCAGUCGACGUUAUACAAUGUCAAAAGAUUAUUCUCCUCGAUCACGAACGGAGAGCAUACGAACGACCCAGGAAUAUACAGUUAUAGUACGGAUGACAGAACUUUAGAAUUUGAGAAGCACAAAAAGGCAGAGUAAAAGAGCUGAACUGCACAAAAAGAUGAAAAUGAAAUAUAAUUCAAAAUAAGAAAAAGGAAUGGAAAAAAGCAUUAGUGAUGUUUAGAUGAAUAAUGACAAAAAAUGGCAAAGCUAAUACUUUUUCUUCAUCCCGCAUCGAAAACAAAAUAAUGCGAAAUAAAAAAAAAAAUAUUUAUUACAGAAAAGGAAGUUGAUAUGUAUUUCUAAUUUUAUAUUCUAAUGAUGCCAAAGUACUUUUUAAAGAUCUUAAUGAAAACAGAGCUGGUUUUUAAUAGAAUAGUUCCAAUGACAUGAUUUUGUGGAUAAUAUAAAUUUGAAAGUCUUCAAGUUUAUUAAAAUAUUGCCUGGAACAAUAUCAUUAAAAAAGAAUGUCAUAAUAAAUAAAAUUAUUACAUUUUAAUCAUCAUUAACCAUAAAUUUGUAUCACAAAGAAUUUUUAAGCUUGAUAUGUAUAUCUUGGUCAAACUCAAAAACCAGUGCAAUAAAAAUGUUAUAUAGUUGACAAGCACACUAUCAACGAACACUGAAAAAACAGGCAUGUCACAAAAAAAAAUUAAUCUCUAAUUGAUUUCAAGUCACUAAAAUUAUAUUUUAUUCUAGCAAAUGUCAAUUUAUUAUUAUUCCAUCAACAACCAACUCUAAGCAAAUAAAAAGAGAAAUUUAAUAAAUUAUGAUAGAAUUAAUAAAUUAGAAAUAAAAAAAUUGAUUCUGGAUAUCAUUAUGAUCAGAGAUCGAAGCCGAUUUUUU